ACAGCAAGGUUCAUGACGCUGAGAGUAACCACGAAGCCUGAGAAGAAUUUUGAGAAUCAGAGAUGCUACUUUUCGUUGGAAUAAUUCUUACACUAAUAGCACCUUCAUUUAUCCAGGGAUGUGGCAAACGACCGCUCUCCGCGCGCGUGGUUAAUGGUCAGAAUGCAGCGCCUCAUUCAUGGCCAUGGCAAGUCUCUCUCCGUGUUAGAGGGCGCCACAUUUGCGGUGGAUCUCUAAUCAGACCUAACUGGAUUGUGACCGCGGCUCAUUGUGUUUAUCGGUCCCCGUAUCCAGACGGAUACACAGUAGUAGUAGGUGGUCACAGACGAAAGGGUUCAACUGCUGUUCAAGAAGAGUUCGACGUAAAAACUGUCUACAAACAUGAUGGCUUUACCAUGCAGAACUUGAUGCACGACAUUGCUGUGCUUGAGCUGAAAGGUUCAGCAAAAAUAAGCGAUAAAGUGUCUCCAGUUUGUCUACCUACAGAAGAACCAAGCCCCGGGACGGAAUGCUACAUAACAGGAUGGGGACGUCUUUCCGGCAGCGGAUCAUCUCCAGAUAUACUUCAACAAGCAAAGAUACCUAUAGUAUCCCAUGAAGAGUGCAGAAAGAAGUACAGUCGCUAUGACAGUAAAGCUCACCUAUGCGCUGGACAGGGUCAUUCGGGUGGGUCAGGAGGGUGCCAGGGAGACAGCGGUGGUCCGCUUGUUUGUGAAAAGGAUGGUACUUGGUAUCUGCAUGGUGCUGUUAGCUUUGGCAAACGGGGCUGUCCAACUAAGUACAACACUGUGUUCGCACGAAUCACAACAUACAUUCCUUGGAUAAUGGAUAAGCUAGAAAACAGACCACCAGCACCAACGCGACCUCCAAAAACAAUACCACCAGGUUGCAAAGAUAAACGAGAAGACUGUGCUGCUAAUCAGUUAUUUUGUCGUUUCAUGCCGGACUUUAAGAGGGAUUGCCCUGUUACAUGCAACAAUUGUUGAACAGAUUUCACCAAAGAUUAACACAUGUAAUCUGACUAUAUGCUGGAUUGCACUGUUUUAAAAUGGGGAGACUAAUAAAAAAAGUGUUUAAAUCCA